CUCCGCUGGCCCUGGGGACAAGAUCCCUUGCAGUGCGGACAAGGGAGCCAUAACCCAGGCAGGGAAGCAGCAGCCAGAUGUCUCCCUGAAGGACACGUGGGACAAGGGACGUGGGGUCUUGCGCCCACACGGAGCCGACAGACACACCGGCUCUUCAUCAGCGGCCUUACGGAAGAGGGAGGCAGCGGCCGGCGCACGGCGGGGCCCCAGCGCUGCCGGGACGGCUCAAGGGCAGGUACAACAUCUUAACCAGCCGACUGAAACCUCUCCUUACUGCUCCCAAGCCAACCACCCACUGCAGGGGUGCCAGCAGGUGACGAGUCCCAGCCCCUCCCAGAGCAACUCAGUCUCCAGGAUGGCUCUGCCAGAGACCAGCAAGUACUCGCAGGGCUCAGUCCUUGAUGGUGUGAACCCCGACCUCGCCAGCGAGAGGCAAACAGCCUCCUUCAGUGUGGAGAAGUUGACGGUGUGGCUGGACGGCGGCGUGGAGCACACGCGGACACGGAGGGCGGUGGUCGAAGCUAUUGAAUGCGACCCUGUGUUCAGCAGAGAAAAUCAGUACUUCCAGAGCCAGAAUGAGAGGUACGAAGCAGCGGUCAGGAAAGCUGUUCACCUCCACAAAAAGAUGCACGAGAUGGGAUGGACUGAGGAUGGACCUGAAUUUAAGUACAUUUACAGGGCAGUGUCAGGAGAUAUCGCCUUUCUCCUUCACCGCAUCUUCAAGAGGAGUAUUUUAAUGCUGGGCUCUGACCAGCAGAUUGCCAAAUGGAUUCCUCUCGCCACCCAGUAUCAGAUCAUUGGAAGCUACGCCCAGACCGAGCUGGGGCAUGGAACUUAUCUUCAGGGUUUGGAAACAACAGCAGUCUUUGAUAUGACUACACAGGAGUUUAUACUGAACACACCAAAGAUCUCUGCCAUGAAGUGGUGGCCUGGAGACAUGGGAAGGUCAGCAACCCACACAGUGGUCUUUGCUCAGCUGUACAUCCACGGGAAGUGCUAUGGCGUGCAUCCCUUCAUCGUGCAGAUACGCAGCCUUCAGGACCAUUCUCUCUGCCCAGGCAUAACUGCAGGAGACAUUGGUCCCAAAAUGAAUUUUGAGCACGUUGACAAUGGCUACCUCCUGCUGCAGAACGUACGAGUGCCCAGGGAGAACAUGCUGAACAAGUUUUGUGAGGUUCAACCAGACGGCAACUACAUCAGACGGGGAUCGCCACAGAUUAACUAUUUCACCAUGACCACGGUGCGCAUCUCCCUGCUGGCAGAUGAGGUGCUGACCCGGCUGAUGAAGGCCUGCACCAUCGCCAUCCGCUACUCGGCGGUUCGCCGGCAGUCCAAGCUCAUGCCUGGGGAACAAGAAGCAAAAAUCCUCGACUACCAGACUCAGCAAGAGAAAUUGUUGCCCCCGUUAGCAGCAGUCUAUGCCUUUCAUUCCAUCAACAACUACCUGCAGGAGCUAUUUGACCGGGGGUACAGGGAGAUCCAGAGGAAUAACUUUGACACGCUGCCAGAGCUCCAUGCACUUUCUUCAGGCUUUAAAGCAUUGGUUACUCAGUACUGCACUUCAGCAGUGGAGAUCUGCCUCCGGGCAUGCGGGGGACAUGGUUACUCCAUGCUGAGUGGACUCCCUUCCUUGUAUACUAAUAUACUUGCCUCUUGUAUUUAUGAAGGGGAAAACACCAUUUUGCUCCUGCAAACUGCCAGGUUCCUGGUUAAGUGCCUCAAGGCAGUCAGCACCGGCCAGCCCGUUCCACCAUCUGUCACUUAUCUGGCUGCAGUGAAACCCGGGAAGUGUCCAGCCAAGAACAAGUCGGAUUUUCUCUGUUCAGAUAUUUACACUGAGGCCUAUCAACACAUGGCAGCCAGGCUCAUAAUCAGCACAGCAGCUAAACUACAGGACUUGACUCAGUCUGGAGUCAAAAAGCACGACGCGUGGAACCUGUGCACGGUGCAGCUGGCACAGGCUGCAAAGGCUCACUGCCACUACAUCACAGUGAAAAACUUUGCAGAAACGGUGGAAAAACUCAAGACCGAGGCUGGCAUCCAGAAGAUUAUGAAACAUCUUUGUGACCUCUUUGCAUUACACGGGAUCUUCUCAAAUGCAGGAGUCUUCUUGCAUGACGGAUACAUAUCUGGACCUCAAAUGGACAUGGUCACAUCAUCAUACCUGGACCUCCUGGCUGUCAUUCGGAAGGAUGCUGUUCCACUGGUGGAUGCUUUUGACUUCACAGACAAGACCUUGAAUUCUGCUCUUGGCAGUUACGACGGGCAGGUUUACCAACGGCUUUAUGAGUGGGCUCAGAAGUCACCAACCAACACGCAGAUGAACCCAGCCUACAAGAGGUAUUUGAAGCCACUUCUUCAUAACAGACUAUCAAAAUUAUGAAGAGCUAAGUGAAGGCCACGUAUUUCCUCCUCUUCUUUGUGCGGCACUACCUUUAUGAACCUUUAUGAACUAUCAGUAAUGACUAAUCAAAAUUAAUAAUCAAGUUGCUUACUUGCAGUUUUAACAAGUAUGAAAGAAGGUUCUUAGCCAGUCAUUUGCAUUUAAUGAACAGAAGCCAAACGAUGCUGAGUGGUACCCACUGCUGUGAGGCAAUCAAGUCAGGAGGAGUCUAGGGUUCGUUGUUUUGUAACCUGAAGUGUUCUGACAGCAUCAAAACUGUGACAUUUGGCUGUCUUAUAUUUUUUUUUAAAUCUAAAGGAAAAAACAAGCCCACCCACCACAUUAUGAGCCCCUCUCAGUGUGUCAUAACCGUACAGUGCCUUCAAAAAGCAACCCACUUUACUGCAAAAUCCAAGGCAGGUAAAAUUACGGUCCUUGGUUUCUAGGAACAACUUGUUCUCUUAGAUCAAAAAUUGUAUCAGAAAGUACAUCUGUUUGGACAAUUAAAAUAGCUCUUCACUUGCUCAGCAGUGGAGUAUUCCUGGCUAAUGAAGACUCAGACAAAGCUGAUGCCAACUCGAGUCUGCUGAAUUUACUUUCCCAUUAAUAGAGCUGCUCAUACCAUCUUUCUAUAAAUC